AUGGACAAGACGUCGAGAAUCCCUUUGAGUACGCUGGCGCCUGCCUACUCUCGUCUGUCCAGCAUUGGUACUAUGGAUGGCGACAAUCCCGCUUCCGACAUCCGAUCGAGUAAAAACCCAUGCGAGGACGAGUCACGCUCAGUUCUUCUACAGCCACAUGAUUCAGAUUCAUAUUCAGAUGAACCUCCGGAUGGCGACAAUCCUCGACAUGAUGGGUCUUCUCUUUGGCCAAAAGCUUGGCGCUUUGGAGCAACGCUCGCUUCCAUUACUGCUGCAUGCGUUCUCCUCGUGAACUUCGUUGUCGCCAUUUGGGCGUACUUCAAAGCCGGCAAGCAAGGCAAUGGCCAUGUCUACGAAGGCUCCUGUGAUGAUGUGGACACGGCCAGCAUCGGAAUUCAUCUUCUCAUCAACGUCCUCAGUACACUCCUCCUGGGUGGCAGCCAAUACCUCAUGCAAUGCCUGAGCGCACCAACCCGCACCGAAAUCGACCAGGCUCAUCGCCGAGGCGUAUGGCUGGACAUUGGUCAACCAAGUCUGCGGAACCUACGAUAUAUUCGGCGGUGGAAGCUGGCCAUGUGGAUAGCACUUGUUCUAUCGUCCUUGCCACUUCAUUUGUUUUACAACUCGGUCUUCUAUUCUUCCCUGGCGAACAAUGACUACGACGUCUACAUCGCCACUGAAAAAUACCUGCAGGGUGCUGCGUACAAUACUUCGGAAUUCCCCUCUCCUGGCUCUGAUAGGUAUUCGCACUACGACUGUUCUGAUGAUGGAUACAACAACACCUACUGUGGUUCCGCCGACUGGCACACUGAUCCAAGCAGUGUGCAGGAAGAGGCCCCUCAAUGGGAUCGUCUGGAGAAUAAAGAGUGCAUCCAGGCUUAUGCGCAGGAUUUUCUCGCCGAUCGACGCAACAUAGUCCUUGUCGUUGAAGAGGUCAACAAUCACACUUCUUCGCUGUAUGGUGUGGACCCUUACCGGCUUAUUGGAGAUGGCUACGAUACGAUCAAUCCCGAACCUUACUACUGGAUUUGCUCUCAUCAGUAUGGGUAUUGGAAAGAGGACUAUCCUCCCUGCAGCGACACGGUUGGUGACAUUGAGGCUGAUGCGUCGAACUGGCACUAUUAUGUGCGUCGCAUACGUUAUUGCCAAAGCGAGAGGGUAGAUCCCAAGUGUAGGUUGAAUUUCAAUCUUCCGAUCCUUGGCAUAGUGAUCAUUUUCAAUGCCGUCAAGCUCGUUUGUAUGGCAUAUGUCGCCUACCGAAUGCGCGACAAACCUAUCAUUACGCUGGGAGAUGCUAUCUCGUCUUUCAUCCGGAUGCCCGACGCCGCUACAAGAAGCAUAUGUCUGGCAACACGGACCCACUUCAAGCGUUGCCGGAAGGGUGAGGACUGGUCUCAGGCUAUCGAGACACCCAUGACAUACCGGCCUAAAAAAAUGCGCUGGAUGCAGACAGCCAGCGCCCAGCACUGGCUGAUCACCGUUUCUCUCUUCGUGUUCGCACUUGGUGCUGUCCUCGGCUUACUCGGAUACUCGGUGCCUCAUUUGAAAACAAGCAACGGAGUGACCGGCAUCUCCUCGUUCUGGAACCUUGGACUUGGCAAAACUCGGUCAGCGACAAUGAUCAUGGGGUGGUCGAUUCCAACAAGCGGAGAUUCCGCUUUGAUAUCUGCAAUCCUGGUGGCCAACUCACCUCAGCUCAUUCUCUCGGUGAUCUAUGUCUUCUUCAACAGUCUCUGCACACGGAUGCUCCUAGCCCGGGAGUGGUCUAGCUUUGCGCGGCAUCGGAAGGCAUUGCGCGUCUCAAAUCCGCGUGGCGAGCAGAGGAGCACAUACUUCUUGCAAGUGCCCUACCGCUUUGGCGCACCGCUGAUGCUUUACUCCAUGCUCCUCCACUGGCUUGUAUCACAGAGCAUAUUCCUUGCGAAAGUCGAUACUUGGAGCAGUGUCGGACUCCUCGUUCAGUCGGAGAGCGUCACGACGUGCGGUUUCUCGCCGAUGGGUAUGAUUCUAACGGCGAUCGUCGCUGCGUGUUUGGUUUUAACCGGGGUUGGCAUGGGUCUUCGGCAGCUGGACUCGGACAUGCCAUUUGCCGGCGGCUGCAGUGCGGCCAUCUCUGCGGCCUGUCACGCUCCAGAGAAAAUUUCCGAAAAGCUGCCGUUGCAAUGGGGAGUGUUGCCGACAGAUGAGACUUCUGGACUGGUUGGGCACUGUUCCUUCUCCAGCGACGACGUGGAUGCGCCUGUGCCGGAGACGCCAUAUGCUUGA